AGCCCAGGACCGGCCCGCGCGCUCCAUGCUGGACUAGCUGCGCCUGAAGGGAGGCCGGGAGUGAGGCCGGGAGCGCACCGUCGGAGAGGCCAGGUGCCAGCAGCUGGGGUCUCCCCUCAGCCCGCGAGCAGCCAUGUCCAACCCCAGCGCCCCCCCUCCAUAUGAGGACCGCAACCCCUUGUACCCUGGCUCUCCGCCCCAGGGGGGCUACGGGCAGCCAUCCGUCCUGCCUGGUGGCUACCCUGCCUACCCAGCCUACCCCCAGCCUGGCUACGGUCACCCCGCUGGCUACCCGCAGCCGAUGCCGCCUAUCCACCCGAUGCCCAUGCACUACGGCCCAGGCCAGGGCUAUGAUGGGGAGGAGCGAGCAGUGAGUGAAAGCUUCGGGCCCGGAGAGUGGGAUGACAGGAAAGUCCGACACACCUUCAUCCGAAAGGUUUACUCCAUCAUCUCCAUCCAGUUGCUUAUCACGGUGGCCAUCAUCGCUAUCUUCACCUUCGUGAAGCCGGUUGGUGAUUUUGUGAGGAGAAACCUGUUUGUCUACUACCUGUCCUAUGCUGUCUUCCUGGCCACCUACCUGACCCUUGCCUGCUGCCAGGGACCCAGACGCCGUUUCCCAUGGAACAUCAUCCUGCUGACCAUCUUUACUCUUGCCAUGGGCUUCAUGACGGGCACCAUUUCCAGCGUGUAUGAAACCAAGGCCGUCAUCAUUGCAAUGAUCAUCACUGCUGUGGUGUCCAUUUCAGUCACCAUCUUCUGCUUUCAGACCAAGGUGGACUUCACCUCGUGCACAGGCCUCUUCUGUGUCCUGGGAAUUGUGAUGAUGGUGACUGGGAUUGUUACUGCCAUUGUGCUGUCCUUCAAAUAUAUUUACUGGCUCCACAUGGUCUAUGCUGCUCUGGGGGCCAUCUGCUUCACAUUGUUCCUGGCUUAUGACACGCAGCUGGUCCUGGGGAACCGGAAGCACACUAUCAGCCCCGAGGACUACAUCACUGGCGCUCUGCAGAUCUACACCGACAUCAUUUACAUUUUCACCUUUGUGCUGCAGCUGCUUGGUGAUCGCAAUUAAGGAGCAUCGCAUUCCGCCCCUCCGUGGGUUCUCCCUUCCCUCGAGGGCUGGGAGGCUGUGACUGGAGUCUGGACCUCACAUCCGUCCCUUUCCUUUCCCUCCAGUAACAUGCCCAGUUUCUUUUCUGUCCUGGGAUGGGUGGCCUCUCUGGCGGGGGACGCACAGGUACCUGGUGGGCUGGAGGAACUGGGGACUAACUUGCCGUUGGCAGACCCAGACAGCACGAGGCAGAUGUGCCUUCUUCCUCCACCCGCUACAUGGCACCAAACUCUUCUCAACAGCUCUCAGUAGAGAGCCUAUUCUCUAGCCAAAAAGGAAUACAAGCAGUAGAAGUGACUUCAAGGUGAUGAGGUGUCCCCUCCCACCUCUGCCAUAGGCUUCCAGGGUCUGUAACUAGAGCUAUUUCCUCCCUCAAUGCCCCAGAAAGCCAGAGAACUUUGUCCCCAGCCUCCUGGACUGCUAGGCCAUUAUCCAGUACUCCUUUGACAACCCUUGGUGCCUUUGAGCUCGUGAAAGUAGAAGAAAUCUGUGCCCAUGGUCUUCCCCCGCUUCAGUCCCUCUUCUUUCAAUGGCAUAUGCGUAUAUACUGUUUAUUUGGAGCGGGGCAGGAAGAGGAGAGUAAGCAAAGUCAAGCACAGGGGCCAAGCACAGAGCAGCAUCUCCCCUGGGCUUCCGCAGCGCUUCUGGUAGUGGAGAGGACAGGCCUGUUCGCAGCCGCCUGGGGCCUCCAUGGGUGCUUCUGAGAUCUCUGGUCAGAGAGACCUCUGGCUUCCUGUGCCUAAGCUGCUCAGAGCAGAAAGUGAGGAGCAAAAGUCAGGCAAUGGGGUGGUUUGUAGGACUGUAAGUGUGGCCAGGAAGUAACGAGGAGGAAGAGAGGCCAGGGUGGGGGCAGGGGAAACGCUCUGUGUCUUCCACCUGGUCUGAGGGAAGUGAAAGCCUCCUGUGGUGUCCCUGGAAAUGUCUGUGUUCUUUCCUUACGCUAACCUGGGGAGGAUCCUGAGCGAAAGGAGACUUCCCCUCAGUUUGUGUUGGGGGAUUUUAGACUUGAGCCUUAUCUCUCCAGCCAGCUGCCACUUUCUUCAUGACAUCAAGUGCCUCAAGCUGAAAUGGGGAAGGGGGACAAGAGUCACUCUGUCGGUGGGGGGUGGAAACCGAAUGAGCCUGAGAGUAUCAGCCUGAAGUAGGACUUCUCUUAACUACUUGGUCCUAAAUAUAUCAUGCAAAAGGACAUAACUAGAAAUGUAAUAAAGUUUUAUGUUUAGAAGUU